AUGGAAGCGGUCAAGUCCCUCAAGGAUCGACUUGAAAAGAGCAACGGAGGACUUGACCGAAUCAACGCUCAGUAUGAGGAGUUCAUACCUGCAGCCGAAGCCGAAGCGGAGUUCCUUGCAAUCGCCGAAUAUGAAGAUCAGGCUAUCGGAAUGAUAUCGACCUUGCAAGCGCACUACAGCCGACUGCAAGUACAAAGCGAAAGCAGCAGACAGCGACUUUUAGGACAGGACGCGACAGCAACGAACGUCACGAGCCAGAGAUCAGAACUUAGGUUUAAAGGUCCCAAGCUGCCCGUACUUAAAAUAACCCCCUUUGACGGGGACUACGGGCAAUGGACAUCGUUCUGGGAACAGUUCAAGGGUACCAUUCACGAUAACACAGGUCUGUCCGUCUCGGAUAAGUUUCAUUACCUGCGCCUUCAUCUGACUGGUCUUGCCGCAUCAGCCAUAGCAGGGUUACCUACCACAGCUUCAUGUUAUGAAGAUGCAAUACGUCUUCUACGAGAACGUUUCGGAGACAUCAAACAGAUCCGCCAGUUGCAUCUUCAACGGAUCCGCAAUUUACCUACUGUUAAAUCAGUGCACGACGUUGCAGGAUUACGGAACCUCUACGAUCACGUCGAAGUUAAUAUGAGAAGCUUAGAAACAGCCGGUGUGCAGCCUGCCUCUUAUGCAGCUAUGCUAGCAGAAAUCCUUACCCAGUCUCUACCUCGUCAACUGGCUGUGGAGUACAAACGUGAGGCACUUCAGUCAAGCCUCUCAUCCGCAGCCACUGGGGCCGGCACUGAGGCAAGUUCUUCAGCAGAAGGCAGUUUGUCCGACGAAGAUCUGAAAAGGCUCUUAAAUUUCCUCAGGAUAGAGGUUGAGAGCAGAGAAGGGUCCCAAUGGUCACAAAAUAAUAAAACAGAUGGAAUCGAGCAGGGCCACAAGAAAGGAGUGCGCCCUAAAGCCCUCCCAUCUGCUUCUGCUCUUCACUCAUCGUCUGCUACAAAAGAGGAAUGUUUGUUCUGCAAGCAGGCUCAUAAGACUCAGACCUGUGCAUCUCCCAUGCUCUGGGAUAGAAAGUCAGCCUUAUUAUCAAAGGACUUUCGCUGCUUCCGUUGCACGCUAAAGGGUCACAGAGCCAAGGAUUGCAAAGUUCGAAUUUUCUGUUCCAGAUGUCAAGGAAUGCAUGCACUUGCCGUGUGCAGGAAAGAGAGUGUACCCAAGCACGUUGGAGAGAGUACAAAUCUUGCAGCACAGUCGACACCUUGUAAGAGGUCCAGGCCUACCGCUUCACGAGAAAAUGCUGUUGAAGUCCUCCUGCAGACGUUCAGAGCUUGGGCUGUAACCCCGCGAAGAUGUAUGUACGUCAGGGGAGUAAUCGACGGUGGCAGCGAUCGCACCUUCGUGUCCGAGGCUUUGGCGAGCAUUUUGCGUUUGCCGAUAGUCGAUGAAAUAUCCCUUAGUAUUACGACCUUCGGCUCUAACAAGGCUACGUCGCCGCAAAGAAGGAAGAUCGCAAGUUUGAGACUUCGAUCUCAGUAUGACAUGCAAGAGCGGGAGAUUCAGGCAGUCGUCAUUCCGGUGAUCUGCCAUGAUAUCCGAUCGGCGUCUUUUGAUCUGCAGUUCGUCAACGAGCUCAAAGAACAAGGCAAGGACCUUGCAGAUGAGCUCUGCUUUCCAGGAGACAUGUCGUGCGAAGGCGUUAGUAUUUUGAUCGGCCCUGAUCACAUGUGGGCCAUUCUUACCGGUGACAUCUUGAGGAAGAGUGGAUCUGAGCGGCUUGUGGCCUUGAACUCUAUAUUAGGCUGGACCAUCCAAGGGCCUACGCCACUCUCCUCACAGAUCGAGUUUCAAGGGCACGCCCAGAGUCACCUGUCAACAGUUGCCUGUGUUCUUCGUGCUCAUUCUUCGGUGGAAGUUGUUGGCUCUACCGACGACAGCAGCACAUGGGAACCAACUCUUCGUGCGUUCUGGGACAUAGAAACCAUGGGUCUGACCACCGGCAAGGCAACUUCAGACCACCCAGUGUUUGAACACUUUUCGCAAACCAUAAAAAAAGAUGGACAAAGGUACGACGUAACCCUACCGUGGAAACGUGAUCCGGUUGGUUUCCUUGAAGACAACUAUAAAGUUUCUCUGACUCGCCUUAAGAAGCUUGUUGCGCACUUGAAGCGGACGGAAGGAUUGCUUCUUCGGUACAACGGCGUUAUAAGGGAAUACUUCAACCUCGGCCACGCAGAGGUCGUCGAUACUGAUGCCGAAAGCAAGGGCCCGGUCUACUACAUGCCACACUCCGCAGUCAUCCGAGAAGACCGCGCUACGACAAAAGUUAGGGUCGUCUUUGAUGUCUCAUCUCACGCCCCCCAGUGUCCGUCGUUGAAUGAGUGCUUGGACAAAGGCGUGAACUUGAAUCCUGAUAUACUACAGCUGUUAAUCCGAUUCAGGAGCUUCAAGAUUGCGCUUACGGCUGACAUUGAAAAGGCCUUUCUUCAGGUUCAAGUUCGUGAAAAGGAUAGGGAUGUAUUCCGUUACAUUUGGUUUGAGCAACAACCGGACUGUGGGACAUACGUGGGUGACUCAGAAGGGCUCCAAACACUACGCAUGACAAGAGUACCCUUUGGAGCGACGUCCAGUCCGUUCCUUCUGUCAGCAACCAUUCAACAUCAUCUCAAUGGCAUCGACGGCAAUCUAAAGGCAACAGCCGAAAAGCUACGGAAGUCCUUUUAUGUCGAUGAUUUGGUCACUGGCGUCGAUCCGGAAGAAGAAGCAAGGAAACUGUACGAAGACGCAAUGCUUAUAAUGAAAGCCGCUGGAAUGAACCUUCGUAAAUGGACGAGCAACAGCGUGAACUUACAAGUCAUGUUUGAUGGUGGGCUAUCCUGCGAGGCAACAUCAUCGAUAUCAGAUAUCUUGAGUCCACAAAAGAUUCUGGGAGUGUCGUGGGAUAAGGCACGGGACUUGUUGCAAGUGUCCUUGAAGUCUUUGUUUACCUUCCUCCUGGAGACAGGCGACACAAAAAGGUUCGUCUUACAAGCCUCUUCUAGGGUCUUUGACCCCUUGGGCUUCAUGAGCCCGUUUACAAUACGCGUGAAGAGACUAUUUCAGCAACUCUGGAUCGAUGGAGUGGAUUGGGAUGACAAACUUCCAGACCAAGCUCAGUUGGAAUGGAAGGCGUGGUGCAGAGAAUUGCCCACUCUGCGUCUCGUCAGCGUGUGCCGACACGUUGGGAUAUACUCUUCGAACGGAGCCAGACACGUGACUCUUUAUGCUUUUUCAGACGCCAGCAUGCAUGCGUACGGAGCAGUCGUGUACGCUUGCGCGCAAGAGUCACAUUCAGAUGUUAAUCUACUGGUGUCCAAGUCCAGGGUUGCCCCUCUGAAAGAACUCACACUUCCCAGGCUGGAGUUGAUGGGAGCGCUCGUGGCUGCAAGGCUCGUCAACUAUGUUCGAACAGCCUUAGAGGACUGCGUAGUUGAAUGCCAUUACUGGACGGAUUCGACAAUUGUGCUCGCUUGGAUCCGUCACCAUCCGUCCCGUUGGAAUCCUUUCGUAGCCCAUCGAGUUUCAGAAAUACGCACAUUAAGCAAUCCUGAUAUGUGGAAGCAUUGUGUCGGUGAAGACAAUCCCGCAGAUUUGAUAACCAGAGGGAUCUCGGCACAUCGUUUGGUGGAGGAGGAUUUUUGGUGGCACGGUCCAAAAUGGCUGAAGGAUGAUCCUUCUGAGUGGCCAAAUGCCAAUGGUUUCAACGACACUGACGUCGAGUUGCGAAAAUCUUCCGCAGGGAAACAAAACGAACUCGUUCUCCAAGUCACUUCGCAAUUCGUCGAAGCUAUUAUAGAUGUCCAGAGGUUUAGUUCGUUGGACCGGCUUUUGAGAGUGACCGCAUACGCCCUCCGUUUUACGUCAAACUGCAGGAACCUAAAUCAGAAGUUAGAGGGACCUCUUUCUACGAACGAGCUGCACGAAGCGAAGUUUUAUUGGGUCCGCGUUGUACAGAAUGAAGUCUACGACCUCAAGAAAGGGAAAAACAAUUCACAAUCGUUUCUCUUGAAAGAUCUGCCAUUUUUUGAAGACGAACUACGAGUCAUUCGGUUAAAGGGACGGUUGCAACACCUAGAAGAUAGCGACCGAGUGAAGUACCCCAUUAUAUUACCUGCCGAGCAUCAUUUCACUACCUUGCUUGUACAGUGGGCUCAUGAGCGAGUGUUUCACGGAGGAGUGGAAUCCACCUUGGCGGAACUACGAGAACAGUUUUGGGUGCAACGGGCUCGCCAGACGGUCAAGAGAGUUCUCAAGAAGUGCACCUUAUGUGCACGAUUUAGAGCUCGGAGAGUAGCCGUACCAACGGCUCCGCGACCUGGCUUCCGCGUAGCAGCAAGUGAACCAUUCCGUACUGUUGGGGUUGACUUUGCGGGCCCCCUGUAUGGAAGAAAGAGCACAAACAAGUACUAUAUCGUCCUCUUUACCUGCGCUGUGACGAGGGCUGUACACCUUGAGCUCACACCAUCUAUUACAGCUGAAGCAUUUCUCAUGGGCUUAAGGAGGUUCGUGGCAAGAAGAGGUGUACCGACGACUAUCUAUUCGGAUAACGCCCGCAGCUUCAAGCGAGCGGACAAGGAGCUGCGGGCACUCUGGAACACGACAAAGGAUCUUCAGGUGAAUGACUACCUGACACAUCAAAACAUCACCUGGAGAUACAUCUUGCCCGGAGCCCCCUGGUGGGGGGGCUGGUGGGAAAGACUCGUCCGGACAGUGAAGACUGCUCUUCGUAAAGUUCUGGGGAAAACGUCACUCGGCUUUGAAGAACUCAGAACAGUAAUGACCGAAGUUGAGGCGGUAGUCAACUCCAGGCCACUCACGUACGCUAGCUGCAGUCCGGACGAGUCAAACGUAUUACGUCCAUCUCACUUUCUCGUGGGCAAGAGAGUUAUCGCCCUGCCGACGCAGCCAGCAACACAGUAUGACGACCAAAACCAAUCAACGAAAGAUCAACUGACGCGUAAAAUGCUCUACAGAGAAAAGUUGAUGCAGCACUUUUCGAGACGCUGGAGACGCUAG